CACUCGGGGCUUGCGAUAAGCGUAGGGUGACUAAGUUUUGUGUUUUGUUGAACAUUUAUAUGAAUAUAAUGAGCCGAUUGGAAAGCACGUCAGUAACGUGAAUGCAUUUUUAAAAACACUCUGAACCCUUACGACCUCUAAACCAGCACUUUAUCGCAUUUAGCUGUUAGAAAGCUAAGAUAGAACGGUAACUAGCUAGCACAGCGAACGCCGUUAGCCUAGCCCCAGCCAGUGCCAUGCUAUGGAUGCGCUGGGUAUAGUUGAGGAUGAAGUGGCAUUAGAGGGACUUGACGGGAUAACCAUUCCCUCAUUGUGGAUCAGACUUGAGGACAGACACCCCGCGUUUCCCCUGAAGCUCGACACGCACACCAAGGAGUUUAUCUGGAGGUCCCUGACCAGCAACGGCGACUUGAAAUUCUACGAACUUCCACAGGAGAGGGGCGACGUCGUGUUGUUUGACAGGUUUUUAGAAGUAGACCCAGAAACAGGGAUUCAACAAGCAGAGAGGCUUUCUGCCUCGACAAAUGACGUUUACCCGGUCAGUGUCAUCACAGAAGACAAGAAUGGGAUACAGGGCUCGUGUGUCUUCUACAAAGAGAGGAAAGAUGUCACCAGAAAUGUGCGCAAUAGUACCCUCAAGAGUUUGGUCACAUUGGAGGAGGCUUUCAAAAGAUUUGGCCGAAAGCUUGUUGUUGUAGCGUCUCAGGCAACGAGAUUUCGUGCUCUGGUUGGACCUGAAGGCGAUCCCGAGUUGAAACUCAGUGACCACUCGUACUGUAUAUUGGAACGAUUGGGCCGAGCACGCUGGCAAGGAGAACUGCAAAGAGACUUGCAUACCUUCUCCUUCAAGACAGAUGCUGGAAAGUUGCACUACAUGAGGAAGUCUCUUGUCAGACAUGGCCUCAUAACUAUGCAGUCUCAUGUCAUACGCACGCCUUCAGGACAACAGCAGCACUCGAUACUUCUGCUACUCAACCGCUUCCACGUAAACAGGAGGAGUAAGUACGACAUCCUGAUGGAGAACAUGUCCAACAUUCUGCAGAAGACUCCUGGUCAGGUUGCCCCCAUGUUGACACUUAAAGAACUACUUAAAGUCAAUGAGAAGACUUUAAAGCGAAUCUACCAGUACAUGCAAUCUGCGAAUUUGGUCCAGUUGGUCCGUUGCGCUCUGGAGGAUGUCAAUCCUACCGCCGAGCCUUGCACCACCAAAAAAGGGACUAAAGUACUUGUGCGCUGUUUGAAACUGGUGAAGCCAUACAAAAAAAAGGUGAUCAUGGUAGAAGAUGAUGAGGAUGACGAUGAAGAAGAUGAAAUUGGAGUGAGAAGAAAAUCCCUCCCUUCAGAGGGGCGAAUCAUGGAGAGGGAUAUCCUGCUGCAGGCCUAUGAUAUCAUCGUGGCUUGUGGCACAAGGGGCAUUUCCCAGACGGCUUUAGCAAUGAGGAUGAGCAUCGGCAAGCUGGAAUCUCGUAUGAUAUGCAGGAAGCUGGAGAGGGAUGGUAUAAUAAAGGGAUUCAUGGAGGAUGUGGGUCGGCAGAGGACCACAAAAUUUAUCAGCCAUAAGUGUGUGGGCGUGAGUGACCACCUGCAACAAUUUGCUAAAGAGCGGGAACGCAACAAGCUGCUCUGUUCCUCUGCAAGUUCCAAAGUCGCACCUCGAAACACCAAGACUUCACCUGCCACCCCCAAAACACCAUCAGCCUCCAGGUCCAAAUCAGAAGCGAGCGCGGAACCUCUCGCAGUGAUGGAUACUCCUGAAGAAAGUGGAGAAGUGGAGGAAGAUGGAAAUGAGAUGGGGCAAAUGUGUAGCGAUGGAGAGCAGGAUAAAGGAGAUGUCGGCAGAGUUAAAAAAGGAAAGUCAGGAGCAAGAAAGAAAUCAGCGAACAAAGACAGAGUGACAACAAAACGGACAAAAGCUGAGAUCUCUAUCACAGAUCAAACAACACCAAUUAAAUGUAAAACCCCAGCCCGUGGAAGAUCCAGGACAAAUAAGAAGUCUGAAUCUGUUGCUGGAGCAGAGCAAAUUGACAUUCAGGAGUUUGAGGAAUCCAUCUCGAGCCCUGACAUCCCAUCGCAUCCGACCAAAGCUACUAAUUCAGACAGUGACAAAACAGGCAACAGCAUAAUGGUUGUUGAGGAUACUCCGAAUGAGAUGGACUCUCCUGACAAUAAAUGUGCAAAGUCUUCGAGUCGCAUGCAUCAGCGUCAUGAGACAUACCGCCUCCUGAAAAGGAAGAACAUGAUUGUGGAGGCUGUCCACAGCUUAAAGAUCAUAGAAGGACUCUACCCGUUACAGAAGAUGAUCAAUGAGGAAGAGAGGCAGGAUGGCGUCAGCACAAAGUGUUGCAAGAAGUCUAUUCUGCGUCUCAUACGCAGUCUGUCCAGAGAAGGCAUGGUUAAGCUGUACACCACCACAGUUAUACAGGAUGGAAUCACCAAGAAGGUUGAGAUGGUGGUUCAUCCCUCCAUUCAGCCCAAUGAUGAUGCAGUGAAAAGAGCCAUAGACCAGAUCCGCUUCCGAAUCUCUAGCUCAUAUCCUGUUGCACGCAUGCAGCAGGCGGAAGAGAAAGCCAAUGAAAAAGGAAAUGAGCUGAAAGGGAACACAGGGAGCACCAAUAAAGGCCAGAAGAGCAAGACAGAUAAAAAAAGAGUGGGCAGUAAAGAACAGGAGGACUUCAAGCCCAUAACAGUUAAAGGACUGAGCCGGACUUUGGGAUUUCAGCCUAAAAUGCAUCGUCUGCGUGUUAUUCAUAACUUCCUCUGGUACCUUAUAUACGGGCACCCGCUCAAACGCAGCUCUCCCGGCUCACAGACGCUAACAGACACAAACCCAGGCUCCCUGGAAAAGCCCUCAAAUCCUUCAAACUCAGGCCCCGACAAAGACGUGCACAACACAAAAAACACAGAAAAACAAACCCAGUCAUCCAAAAACCCUGCCUCCAGCACUGCGGACCAGCAAACUGCAGCGCCAAGCCCGCCUGAUGAGAUGACAUCGGGUGAUGAAGAGGAGGAGUUUAUAGAUCUUGAUGGUUCUGGACCCAAUCAUUCUGACCUGAAAGUAUUUGUGGACGAGGAGACGUGGAAGAGGUUCAUUCCUCCAAUUCCCAUACACAAGGACUUUGGCGAUGGCUGGGCUCUGGUUAGUGAUCUGCUCCUGUGCCUGCCUCUCUCCCUCUUCAUACAGGUCAUACAGGUCAACUUUAAGAUAGAUGGACUGGAGGCUUUUCUGAGCGAUCCCGUGAAGCAGCACUACCUUGUCAGAGCCCUGCCUUCCAAAAUUAAAAGACAGCUGCUUUACAAACGGAAGUACAUCUUCACUUUCCAUGAGAAUUUGCAGAAAUUGGCCUACAUGGGUCUACUGCAGUUUGGACCCAUUGAGAAGUUCCAGGAUAAAGACCAGGUGUUUGUGUACUUAAGGCAAAAUACCACCAUUGUUGACACCACCAGCUCUGAACCUCACUACUGGAUGGUCUCACAGUCGCCCGACAAACCAUUUGAGAAGCGCCAAUACGUGCUCGCCUCUUCAGAGGAUGUAGAAAACUAUUGGUUUGAUCUGCUGUGUGUCUGCCUCAACACGCCGCUAGGGAUAAUCCGUGGGAAGCGAGGGGCCCCAGAGGACGCUGAACCAAGAAUGUUUCCCGUGGUGACCGAACGCUUAAAUUUUGUUGGAAUGGCAGACCUUUUAAAGGGCAGUCGUGAAGUAUGUGAUGAUGGGUCGAUACCAGGGGAUGGUAGAGGAGCAGGAGGCUUGCACUCUGAGUUCUUUGCUCAUCUUAAGCGCAACUGGUUGUGGACCAAUAGCUUGCUCGCUGUCAAAAAGAACCAUUGUGGUGAAGAAGUGAUCAACAGCAAAAUCAGGUUGAAGAACCUCUUGAGUAAAAAUGCUCUUAGGUUGGCGAUCAAAGCUGGAGGAUCAACAGCGCCUCAUUAUGUGACUACCAAGCGACCGCUCAUCACAGAGGAAAAUGUUGAGGUGGCUAUAGAGCCGGCCAGCAGAAACCAGCAGGUGGUGGGAGGGAAGCGACAGAAGAGGAAGAGAGGCAAAAAGGAUGUUGUCAAGAUCCCACGCAAGAAGAGGAAAGAGCCCAAGAAGCGUACACCUGCUCACGACGAGGCCGACCACCGAGCUUUGACAAGGAUGACCCGACAGCGUGUCUACUGGUCCCUGCAGGAGGACUCGCUGAUGAUGUUGUGCAGUGUGGCCUCACACCUGCUCAACAGCAAGUUAAAAAGGCCGUUCAUACCUCACUGUGUGGUGAGGGACCUGCUCCAAGCAGAGUUUGAGAAAUCCAUGGAUAAAACAUCUGUUGCUGUGGGACGUCGCACACGAUACAUCCUCAAGAAUCCUCAGACACUCCUGAACUACAGGAUCUGCCUGGCUGAGGUGUACCAAGACAAGUCUCUGAUGAAACUGCUGGAACAAAAGAAACCUGCCAAUCCGGAUAAACCAGAGGACUGUGCUGAAGCCUUCUCUGAAUAUACCAAACUGUUGAGACAGAAGUUCAGCUCUGCCAUGACCCCUAGUGACAUCAUUAUCCCCGACACAAAACAGGAGCUCUUCUCAAGGUUUAAGGUUUGCACGAUAUGCAGUGGAAGAGAGAUGACCUUCAAAGACAUACUUAACAGCACAGAGGACAUCCACGUUAUUGUCUUAAAUAAUUUGAUCCAGAGCACUCUUGGCAUGUCCAACUCUCAGAUGAAGUCCUCCAGAUCUUUCCAGACUUUCCACAUGUACAGUAGGUAUUGUCAGGAGGUGCUUUGCCAAGUGUUCAUACAGUGCAGGAAAAGGGGUCUGGUGAACCGUCGUCGUGUCUGCAAAAUUUAUGGGCCCAAGAAGAACCGGGCACUGCCCAUCCUGCCCAUGUCCUACCAGCUGUCUCAGUCAUACUACAGGUGUUUUGCGUGGCGUUUUCCUUUUGCGCUGUGCACAGAUGUUUUUCGGUUCUUGAGGUCUCUAAUCAACAACGGAACAGGGGACGACAAACCUCUCACCACAUUCUACCACGAAACCGAGAGCCGGAUGGACGAGCGGCAGGAAGUUGUGGAGAAAGGAGCAGAUUCAGAGCAGGGGGGUGCACAAGAGAAGGGAGACAAGGGUAAAGGAGAUAGAGAGGAGAUGCGGAUGAACAACAGACUGAACAAAGACUGCGAAGUAAGAGAAGCUGACAGACAAAUGGGUGAGCCAGAGAGGCAUUCUGAAAAUGGAAAUAACAGCUUGACAGUGGAAGGAGAAAAUAACGAAAGUAAAGGGGAAGGUGAACAAAUGGAGUUGGGACUGAACAAUGAUACAGCAGAGCCAGUGAGCAAAACAGAAUCCCUCAAUCAGCAGGUAAACCCAGAAGAUUCCUCCACACUUAGCUUUAGUGAGGAACCAUCCACCAGGGAGCAGACAGAGGAGCCGGCAGGAGUGUGUCCAGCAAUGAAUCCUGCACCUGCAGCUUCAGAGGAGUUGUCUGACAUGCUGCGGUACCAACUGGACUCCCCAGGAGGAGCUUGUGCCGCCGCUCUCAGCCUCAUGACUCUGGGACUGCUGUCUGUUCAUGUGUCCAUACCUAAACAGGUGGUGGUGGUGGACAGCAACUUGGUGGACAACGAAGUAGUCAAGAGUAUGGCAGCAUUGGAGGAAGAAGAGGAUGAUGAUGAUGACACUGAGGACUGUGAGGGCAGGAAGCGGCUGGAGGUGAAGGCCCAUCAGGCGUCACACACUAACUACCUGAUGAUGCGAGGGUACUGCUGUCCUGGCAUAGUCAAACUCCGUAACCUCAACACCAGUGAUAGCAUUGUGGUGGAGUCCUGUAUUAUGAAGUUUCAGCUGCGCAGCACCCCGGCUCACCAGGUGUUUAAUAUGGAUGACUCUCCACCACUGGACCUCUCGAAAUGUGGCCCCUCUCUGCUCCCGCCCAUCCUCACCCACUCUGUCCGUCCACCCACCUCAUCACCGUCUCUGUCCCAUGUGGAGGAGUGUAAUGCACGUUUGAUUCAUCAGAGGGAUUACUCUCCUCAGGACAUUGAGGCAUGUGCUGAGUUGAGAAGGAGCUUAGAUGAGGCUGGUGAAAACGGCUUGAGUGUUCAAGACUUGUACGAAGCACACACGCAUCUGGCAGAACUACACUCUGGUCGCACCAGGAGUCUACAGCAGUAUAUGCAGGACUUAAAGGAGGAAGGGGAGGUGUUAGAAGUUGGAGGCUUGGGCGUGCGUUGGGUGCUCAUGCAUCGUGCUGGACCAUGGCUUCUGACCACAAACUCCAAGCCCUGGUCCCAGUCCCGCUUAUCCCAGGAUGGAUUGCUUCCGAUGUGGGAGAACCAGCACAACAUUCCCUUCAUGCGUAAGAGACACAUAGAAGGAGGAGAGGAUGAAGAGGCACCGCCCAGCAAAAAAGUGGCUAAGGACAAAGAAGGGGACAAGGCGGGAGAGGGAGAAGAGGGAUUAUCAAGCAAGGCCCUGGGUGAGGAGGCACCGAACAGCAGAGAAGAGCUGUCAGAGCAGAGAGAGGGGGGAAAUGAGACAAGUGGAGAGAACUUGUUAAACUCAGGAGAGGAGAAAGUGAAGGAGACACUGCCCGAAGAGAAACAAGAGGAGGCAGCAGAGACGAAGAAUGAAACUCAGGAAAAAGGGAAGGGGCUCAAAGAGGUGGAAGGAGAGCAGACGGAUAUAGAGCACAGGACAGAGGAAGGAGAUGAUGCAACAUGUUCGCCACCAGCAAGAGCAGCCAAUACUGAAGAUGAGCACACUGUGAGUUUCAUCAGCCGGCCAUGGCGCAUGGUGGACGGCCAGCUUAACCGGCCGGUGUGUAAGGGCAUGCUUGAGGGCGUCCUGUACCAUAUCAUGUCCCGGCCCGGACUCACACAGCAGACACUAGUGGAGCACUAUAAAAAUGUGCUGCAGCCAGUGGUGGUGCUGGAUCUCGUACAGGCACUAAUAGACAUGGGCUGUGUGAAGAAGAGAACUCUGGUUCCAUGUCCCAAGCCCUCACUGUUCUCCCGCCCUGUGGACCAGGCAGGAGUGAGGACGGCGACACCGGACAGAGUGUUUUAUGAGCCCACUGUCAGCUGCUGCCUGCGGCUCGCUCAGGUCUUACCCAAUGAACCCCACUGGAACCAGUUCAUCCAGUGAAACUACUCAGAUGCUGCCUGGCUUGCACUGUCCUGGGUCACAUAAAGCUGUCUUGAGCUCUCGCUGACCUGGCUGUGGGGGAUUUGAGACAAAAAGCUGUAGCCACAGGCAGGUGGUCGUGAUAUUUAGAUCAGCCACUUCUGUGAAAGUUCUGUUCAACUCCAGGACGUUGAGACCUUUGACAGAUGUAUUAAGAUCAGUUGGCGUACACUUCUGGUUUUACAGAACAACAUUUCCUUUAUACUGUUUUGUCUUCAUAUUGAUUUAUUUCUUCUAUUGUGAGUGCUUUUAAUUUUAUUUGUCUGGCAUUUGUGAUCAUUCUUUUUGUACAGAUAUUUACUUAAAUUGUAAAUAAAAAUGCAUACAUUACUUGA